AUGGCUCAUCACAGUUGUCAAGAUUUCAGAUGGCUUUCGCCAACCACAGCCUCUCAACCGGCGUGGGACACGCGGUCCAGCCAAGCAGCGGUAGCAUCGCUAAGCAGGACUCAGCCCGGUGCCAUGGCGGAUUCGAUAGACAGCUACGAAGACUUUUCAGGCGACAACGGCGACGGCGAAAACGGUGGCACUGCCGGGAGGACGCAGCACAGACGCGGCUCAACGGGACCCUGGGCCAGCGGUAACAGCAUCUCGAGCAACGGCGACGGCUCGACGACGGAGCUGUGGGCCUGCCCAUUCUGCAAGUGGAAGCCCCUGAGAUAUCAGGGCUGCCACACGUACAAGCUCAAGGAGAUCUCGAGGGUCAAACAGCACCUUCGGAGGAAGCACCGCAUCCCCCUCCACUGCGAAGUCUGCUCCGAGGAGUUUGCGGACGAGGAGGCGCGUCUCGCUCACGUCAGGACGCGGAGCUGCAGCUCUCGGUCGUGCGUGCAAAAGACGUGGGAGGGAGUCACACCGGAGCAGCAAGAGCUGUUGGAGAGGAGGGCGGAGAGGAACAAGACCAAGGUUGAGCAGUGGUAUUCAAUUUACGAGAUUCUGUUCCCAGGCCAAACUCCUCCGGCAUCACCUUACGUCGACCUCGAGCUAUCCCCCCAUAUGCACUCCUUCCAGGCCUUUCUGGCAUCUGACCAGGCUGCCACGAUUCUGAACGAGGCAACCAUUGCGCAGGUGCCGCCGCACUUGCAAUGCGAAGAAAUCCUGGCCAUCUCCCGGGGAAUUUUUGAGCAGGCCAUGCCCGCGCUCCUGCAGCAGUACGAAUCCUCGCAGCAGCGGCGCCUGAGCCCGAGAAAACCCGCCGAGCGGGGUGAGGAAGAGGACGGUCAGCUCAGCCGGGUCAGCUCGGACACGUGGAUGAGCGUGCCGCCGCUGAUCAGGAGAGCAGGGCCGCCGGGGCUGGAAGAAUUCGGCAGCGGCCCGAUGGAGACGGACGACAACGAUCGGAGCACGGUCUCGAGCCCGGUGACGAGCGUGCGCCUCGUCGCGGAGCCGCACAGCAGUGAGCAGCGGCAGCGCUGGCCGCUGGGGAUCAACACCAUGAUGGCGGCGGCGGCGGCGUCGUCGGCGUCAAAUCAGAUUCCGAGGCAGCAGAUGCAACAGCAGCAGCAGCAUCAGCAUCAACAACACCAGCAACAAAGAAACGACCACGAUCCCACGACACCGUUGCACCAGCAGGCCGGCCUGUGGGAUUUGCAGCACCAGAGCCCGCUGUCGCCGGCCUUCUGCGGGGCCUGGGUGAACGACACGGCGACCUCGCAGCAGGAGGACAUCAGCGGUCUUGGUAACCCGGACAUGCUCUACUGCAACUUUGACGCUUAUGGGCCGCCAUAUUACGGGGGGCAACAAUGA